CAGAGCAAAUGGCACGGGCUACAACGAACUAGAACACGCUUGUGUUCUAGUGAAGAACCCACCUUCACUGUCUCGAAUGUUUUUUUUUUUUCGUGCAUGCCGAUCCCAAGAAAUGCUAAUUCCUAUAUCCCUAUAUUGGAUCCUAUGAAUAGUAUAUGAAACUUGGUGUUUCCCAAAUGGUCAGGAGAUGGCGCUUCUAUAAGUACAAAAGAGGAAUUAUAAAUCACCUAUUUUCCAGGCAGUGAAUAUCUUGUCAUCAGAAGUGAUAUCACUUUGAUACCUAUAAAACCCAUGACUCACCAUCUAUGCAAGUCCUGGGACCGCGCCUAGGACCUUAGGAUUGACGGCGGGGAAGGAACGAUGACGCGCACAAACAGAUUUCCAGGUGAUCUGUGCCCUCGGUCGUGACAUAUCCGAAAGCGCGUUCAGCUCUCCAAUCUCCUCGGGCUUUGUACAAGUGCCUUGUGCAGGCGUGCAUGAUUCACGCUUUAGUUAUAUAUAGGACCUUCACAAGCCGCUUAACAUCGCGCAGCUAUAGAAGGACUUGUAUGUGAGAAGCCAUCGCGACCGACAGGGCUCCCAGGAGAGCUAGUCGAAGCUGCACCCGGAGCAUGGCAUCAGAUGUAAGGUCGCCGUACAUAUCGGACAGCGCGUGCUUUUGGUCUAAGCCAACACCAUCACGUGACGCACCAUGUGACAUGCACGUGACAGUGCGAGACCCGCGGACUCAUGUUAAGGACAUGCGCGCGCAGUAUACAGACUACAAAAUCGAAACUGAGGGCAGUUCUGACAUCAUGCCUCUAGGUGCCUGUACAGUUCGACGCAGAUACUCCGAGUUCACAUGGCUGAGAAAAAAACUGGCCGAAGAGUUUUCAAAUGCGAGCAUCCCGCCGCUACCAGGAAAUAGAGUGCUUGGAAGAUUCGACACCGAAUUUAUCAGGAAUCGUCAACAGGGCUUGGAGCACUGGUUGCGCAGUUUGUUGUCGAAUACGUACAAAGAGAACGCCUAUCUCCAGCUCUUUCUCCAGACAGACCUCGACAUCGGCGACAUCCAGAAGUGCCUCCGUCACAAAGACCGACAGGAUCUAUACCACGUGAUCCUACUAGCCGCCAACCACAGACAUAACAAUAACAACAACAGAAGCUCUCGCCAUUCCACGGCGGACAGCGCGAUCGACAGCAUCUGUAGCAGCCUGAGCACUUGUGACGUCACACAAAGUUUCCAGCGCUCGGGAUACAACGCAGAUGACGAGGGAUCGGAUUGUUUCAGCGAUCAAUCAAAUAGAGGCACGACGGUAAAUUGUGAGCUCAGCUUCGACGCUACCAGUGAGGAUUCGGCAACGGGGAGUUUUAGCACAAACGAUUUGGAAUUUUCCAGCAAAGAUGUAGUGAGUUUGGAGCGAGGGCCGUGCAAGCGGGUCGUCCCUGCAUUGGCAUGCUAUCGGGAAUGCGAAAAGUUAGUGGAGUACUCGUUUGCCGUGUCUGCAAACACAAGGGACACUUACACCGUGUAUGCGAUGGCAUCGAGCGACGGCAAACGGCGCUCGAGAGAGAGACGGUUAAGACGACAGAUUGAAGAAUACGAAGUGCUUUCUGUGUUGUGAGGGUGCCCUUUGUUAGGAGCUACUAGUAGUUCCUAGAGGCUACAGAUGGAUCAUGGUAUUAUCUAGGGUAGAAGCUUAGUAAUACAAAAACAAGUUAUUUGGUUAUCACGACAAGCAAAGAAAAAGCGGAAGUGCAAAAAUGUGACCGUGGAUAACUUUCAAUGAUUAUGAAUCUUUUACUAAGAAUUAGAAUAUUUCAGUUAAAACAGUUGGUUAGUCUAUUUUAAUCAACGGUUUUAAUGUUGUUGCAAAUAUUUAGGCUGAUAAGAAAAGUUUCAGACAGCA